CACGGAAGGGAACGGUCACAUUAAAAUUGCAAUAAGUUUUUCGCUUUCCGGGAUGAAUUUUCUUCAAGUUUUCGUUGCAGUUUAGUGUUGACGCUUUAGUUAGAAUAUUCGCGCUGUUCGUCGCAAUUGCAAUAUGUUUUCGCGCCUUUAUUGCCGCUUGAUGUCCGUAACGGUUUGCUUUCUGUUGGCGUGCUGUUAUGAGUCGGUUAAAUCACCUUCAAUUUCCGGUUAUCAUUCCACUGGAGAACAUAGAAAUCUGAGCGGAAAGAGCUUUUUCGAAAAUGAUGGUCGCCAGCGUCGAAGUGUCUUUCUCCUGAAGUACAAUGCGACAGAUAAAAUAAUUUUCCAAAGUAAGGAAAAGCCAGCAACAAAUAAAUCGCAACCAAUGCAACGACCUCGCUUCUACCUGCCUCGAAGGACAUUUCUCCCGCUCGAUCCGAAAACAUUCAUUUGCUACGAUCGAAAUUCCUAUGAAUGCGGCAACAAAACCGCUUUGUAUCGCGACCGUAUCCUGGGCGAAUUCCAUAAAUCUGCAAAAAUGAUUGUGAAUGAACCAAAUUUCUACAACGUUGACUACAGGAGAAAAUACCAUUCAAGAUGGGAUUUCAGGGAGGCUAUGAUGGACUACGACGAUGGGAGUAUGGCGACAUGCAUGGUAAUGAAAGCUAAAGUACGGAUUUUAAGAAAACGGGAUCCGCCGAUGAAUAAACUACCGCUUGGGAAGUUUUUUCCAAAGCGGAAACUCUUCAAGAUGUUUCAGGAGAUAAGAAGUUGCGCCAUCGUAUCGAGUGCUGGUUCGAUGAGGAACUCAAGAUUGGGGCACUUUAUCGAUCUUCAUGACAUUGUGAUGCGAUUCAAUAAUGCGCCCGUUGAAGGAUUCGAGGAAGAUGUUGGCACUAAAACGACAAUACGCGUUGUCAAUUCUCAGGUAGUUAGCAAAGCAGAAUUCAACUUCGUAAACUCGCCCAUUUUCCAAAAUAUCACUAUCGCCGCUUGGGACCCGGGCAAAUAUAACGUUACUCUCAAAGAUUGGCUGGAAAAUGCCGACUUCAAUCUGUUCGUGAAUUACGAGAAAUUUCGUAAAAGAUAUCCAAAAUCGAAUGCAUAUUUGAUCGAUCCCCAGUCAAUUUGGAAGCUCUGGGAUCAGUUACAAGGUUUCACAAGAACACCAAUUCGCUGCAAUCCACCCAGCUCAGGAUUCAUUGGCCUUGCGCUAUUACUGCCACAUUGCCCAUAUGUCGAUUUUAUCGAAUACGUACCAUCGACUCGGCUGAAUGGAAGGUGUCAUUAUUACAGUGACGAGAUCAACUCAGCAUGCACGUUUGGCGCUUGGCAUCCACUUGCAGCCGAGAAAUUGAUGACAUUGAAAAUGAAUGUUGCCGAUGACUACGCUACAUUUCAAAAUGGUAUUAUUCGAAUAAGACGACCAGAACCGAAAUCAUGUUCAUAAAUUUUAAUAAUUAUUAAUCGUGAUUAAUCGUUUUAUGACAAUGUAAGUGUGUAUGUACGUAAUUGAAUCCGAAUUUAGAAUAUAUUAAUAAAUAUCCUCAAUUUGAAGCAUGACGUAU